UGCGACAUAAAUUUUGAGUUUUUGACAGCGCGAACGACAGCCGAAGUUGAAGAUUGUUCUCGACUUUUGAAAAUGCUUUUUUAUUAUUUUUAUCCACUAUGUUGCAAAUAAAAUUAACUGUGUAAAGUCACCGGUUUAGUAUAAUCAGAUUCCUAACUACCUCUCAAUCAGACUGAUCUGGAUCGGAAGUAGAGGUUAUACAUUAGUUGUAAAAUUUAAAAGUCAUUGCAAAAUAAUAGCACAAAAAUGUUUUGUUGGGGUAAUGCGACUCAUCAUGAACUGUGUAUAGAAGGACCGGAGACUCUGGAUUUGGUGAUUAAACCAACAUUAUCAAAAUGGCGUGAGAGUAACCAUAUAAAAUCAGUAGCUGCCGGAGAGUUUCAUUCAAUGUACCUUACAAAUACUGGCCAUUUAUAUUCCUGUGGAAACAAUGAGGUUGGCCAACUGGGACGCCAUACAGACAAUAGAGAAGGAAAAACUCCAGCACUAGUUGAGACUUUCAAAGACUGCACUGUAUCGGCAAUAGCUUGUGGUAUCCAGCACUCAGUGGCUCUUGAUGAAUGGGGCCAGCUAUUCAGUUGGGGUUCAGACAGUAUGGGACAGUUGGGUAGCAAUCUAGGUACACAUGCUCAGGACAAACCUAAGUUUGUAAAAGGUUUAGCGACAAGAAAUGUCAUACAAGUUGCAUGUGGUGCAUAUCAUUCCAUAGCGUUAACAAACAAUGGUGACCUAUUUUCUUGGGGUGCAAAUAGCUAUGGCCAAUGUGGAUUAGGUACAAUGACAAACAAGGAAAUGAUACCACAAGCAAUCACCUCUCUGCUUGGCGUUCCUAUUGCUAUGAUUGCAUGUGGCAGUAACCACACAUUUGCAUUAUCUAAAUCCGGCGCCGUUUUUGGAUGGGGUAAAAACACGCACGGCCAGUUAGGCCUACAAGAUAGAGAGAAUAAGUGUUACCCUUCGCAUUUGAAAACUUUGAGGAAUGUUAAGGUGUGUCAUAUUGCAUGUGGAGAAGACUUUACGGUGUUCCUAACAUUAGACGGUGGCGUCUUCACAUGCGGAACUGGUGAAUACGGUCAGACUGGACAUGGCACCACAAAGGAUGAGCUUGUUCCCAGAAAAGUUAUGGAGCUUAUGGGCAGCACGGUAACGCAAGUGGCUUGCGGGCGCCGCCACGUGCUGUGCCGGGUCGGUGACCGCAUCCUCGCGUGCGGGUACGGCGCUCGGGGACAGCUGGGCUGCCCACACAUGGCCUUCGCGUUAGUGCCCACGCCGGUCAACUUCACGCCUAAUGAUGAGUCGCCUCUUAAGAAGAAACCGAAAGUCGAGGCCGCGACAGCAAUAUCUCGAACUAGCAACGCGGGCGUGUCCAAACUAAAUUUCUCGCAAGAAAUCUUCAAGGGUCCUAUAAAGGUGUUUGCAGGCGGGGACCACAGUUUUCUGAUCAUAGACCAUGAUAGGUCUGGCCCCGUAGAUUUCCGUAUUCAAGACCAUACGAAACAAAUUAUGACCCUGACUUUAUCGAAAUUGGCUGCUUGCGAAGUAUUUAAAGACUGCGAUGUUGUUAAUCAGGAUACACUGGCUUAUUUAGAAACCGUGUUCGGAUCCCUGGCAUGUGUAAACGGUUCGUUUUUAGCGGCUAACAAUGCCCACUUCGGCUGCAAUACUAAAGUGCCUGGCGUUGAUCUAAGAAAGGCUGAGGAAGCAUUCACACUAGUUAGCAGAUUUGAAAAUACUACUAUAAAGGAACUCAUCUUCAACCAUCUAACAGAGAACAUAAUAAAGAAGAUGAAAGUGUCUCCCCCUGACGCGGAGGCACUCCGAAUGUUCCUCAUCUUGCCUCUGUAUCAUGAAAUGCGUAAUCCUCGACGACAUGUUGAAUUGCAGGGGCCUUUUGCGGAAGCAUUCAACAACUUAUCUACACACCCUCAGAGAAUAGUAAAUCUAUGGUGGGAGGCUCAAACCCCGGAAUAUUUCGAAAUGCUAGUCGAUAUAUUCAAAAGUGUAAUUGUUUACGAACUUAUGCAACCGUCAGUGAGAGCGAACAAGAAAAUAUACUUUACACAUAGCAUAAUACAAAUUUUGAAUACUCUGUCGUCGUUGAACAAAAUAAACUUCACAAAUCCAAAGAAACCGAAAAUCCCAGCGGAAUGUUUUUAUAUUGAAGACUUGUGUGAUCAUGUGGAUAUUGCUACCGAUUAUAUUACGUGGCUUUCUGAUCAUGCUUCUGCCCAUCCUCAUAUGUGUAACUACGCGUUCCUAUUCGACGUUCAAUGCAAAUCAUUGUUACUAAAAAUAGAUCAACAGUUGCAAAUGCAAAUAGCUAUAAGUAGAGCGGCCACGCAGAUAUUCACCCGAUUGUUUAUGGAUCCUACGUAUGAGUACCAAAGAGACCAGUUCCUUAACCUGACAGUUUCUAGGAACCAUAUUGUAAGAGACACCAUGACGCAAAUCAGUAACCAUGAAACUUCGCAGUUGAAGAAACCGCUUAGAGUAGAAUUCGUUGGUGAGGAGGCCGAAGAUGCCGGUGGUGUGAAAAAGGAGUUCUUCUUAUUGCUCCUAAAGGAGAUAUUUGACCCAGUAUACGGAAUGUUCAAGCAAUCUGAAGAAACAAACAUGAUUUGGUUCUCUAACAACCCGUUCGAAGAUGAUGUCAUGUACUAUUUGAUUGGUGCGAUCUACGGCCUAGCUAUAUACAACUCGAUUAUAAUCUACGUUCCGUUCCCGCUGGUUUUGUACAAGAAGUUGUUAGAAGAAGCUGUCAUGUUGGAUGACUUGUCGGAUCUGUAUCCUACGCUUGCCAACAGCCUUAAAAGUUUACUGGAUUAUCCCGAUGAAGAUGUAGAAGAGGUAUUUAGCUUAUGUUUUGCAGUAAAUACAGAAGUUUUCGGUCAGAUACAAGUACAUCCCCUUAAAGAAAAUGGUGAAAACCUUCCAGUAACACAUGAGAACAAACAGGAGUAUGUGGAACUAUAUGUUGAUUUCUUGCUCAAUAAGUCUGUUGAAAAUCAAUUCAAAGCUUUCAAUCAAGGGUUUCAGAAGGUAUGCGGUGGUAGAAUAAUCAAACUAUUCAGAUCACAUGAAAUGAUGUCCGUUGUAAUGGGCAAUGAAGAAUAUGACUGGGAAGUGUUUGAAAGUAACUGUGAAUAUAAAAAUGGUUAUACUGCUAGUGAUCCACAAGUCAGGUGGUUUUGGGAAACUUUCCAUGAGCUUCCAUUGGAAGAUAAGAAGAAAUUCCUUUUAUUUUUGACUGGCAGCGACCGUGUGCCUAUUCAAGGAAUGCGUGAUAUUAAGAUUAGGAUUCAAGCGGUAGCUGACGACAGGUACUUUCCAGUAGCCCACACAUGUUUCAAUCUCUUGGAUCUUCCGCGCUAUAAAACUAAGGAACGUCUCAAAUACCACCUUGUCCAAGCUAUUCAACAAACACAGGGAUUCUCACUCGUAUGAUUCUGUAGUAUGUAGUCUAUUGAAAUUUUACCAAGAUUUCAGCUGUAUACACACUGCGUAUUAACGCCGCAUUCGUAUUCAGUGUGUAUAAAGCUUAGCACUAUAGGCUGGGGCUUAGAGCGUAGUAGUGGAAGCGAGGUUUUUGUUGCGUCUAAAAUAUAUCAAAAGAAAUCGUCCAGCGAAAUGUGCGAACAUUCGUUCAUACGUAGAACCGUUAUAACUCAAGGAAAUUUCAUUUACACAAUAUUAUUUCGCACGUUGUGUGUUAAUAACUAUUACGAUUGAAAGGUUAUACCUCCUCUACACUACUCGCAUAAUUCCUUGACGAAGUGCGUGGGAAGGUUGAACGAAGUUAGACGAAGUGCGACACUGCACACUUGAACUUCGCGGAGCUCUUCGGGCCCUUUGCCUCGGUCGAAAAACCACCGACAACAAGCGGUACUCGUUCGAGGCAAGGUGAAGUUGGACGAAGUAAGACGAAGUACCUUUAGACACUCUUGUAUUCGCCAAACUUUGGUCAACUUCGCGAGUAGUGCAGAGGAGGCAUUAAGAAAUGACUUUCCGUCGAGGUUCCAGUCUGAUGUGUGAGAAUGUAGCUCAUAUUUUUGAUUGCUAUUUAUUAUAAAUUUAAAGUACACGUGGGUUCGAUGCCUCGUUUUUUAGCUGAACUCCAUUUAGAAUAAACACAUUUGAAUAAUGCAACAAAAAUAUAAUUACACAAACUAAUUAUAUUUUUGUUUUGUUAAUGUUACGAAGCUGUCAAAUAAAUAUUUGUCAUAUAAAUUGUUUUAAGUGAUGACUUUAGCAUACUCACGGUGCCUUUCCAUGAAAAAGUAUCGAUAUUCCUGAUAUUUAUAUAUUUUAUAUUUAUAUAUUUUAUCGUGUAAUAAAUCAGUUAUGUUAUGCAACUUUUAUAAAGAGGAAUGUUUUAUUUAUUAGUUCCGAUGUGGAAAAUUUGCAUUUAAUUGAAUGCUGUAAAUCUUUAUGUGAUGACCGGGAGUAUUCUGAUACAUAGCUGGGAAUGCGUAGUUUGGGUAGCUAUGUGUCGAAUAACUUUCGAUGGUAAUGUAAAAGCCGAAUCACAAUAAUGUACCCAAAAGCACGCACUAUUAUGACAACAUAAUUUAGACCAUAUGAGUGAUCUACAAAUUGGUGCGUUUCCACGCAAUUAAGCAACGCAUGAGAGAAUUGGCUUUCUAUCAUUUAUGACUUAUUGACUUUCGUUGUGAGUUGAUAUCGGUUAACCCUCCGCCAUCUUUUCAGAAGACAGUAAGUAGGUAUUGACGGCUGCACAUAGUAUUCGAAAUGCAGGACAGAUUGGGAUUUAAAAUAUUGGUUGGCCGAAAACAUGACAACUGUAUUUAUUGAUAAUUAAUAUUGUAAAAAUAUCGGUGAUUGCGAUGCCUAGGUCAUAGUCAUAUUAGUGCGUGCUUGGGUUGUUGUUUUAGAGCUUUAGAAAGUUAUCAAUAGUGUGGGAUGCCAUUUAUUACAGUCUCGAACCUUCUCAUGGAGAUGUCUGGGCAGCCUUAACUAUGGUGACGAAACAUGUAGCCACAAUGAUUUUGUACAUAAAUCGGCUACCUCUGUGAUAUUAAACGUAUGUCAUUGGUUACAUUCGGCGACAAUACAACGGCUUAUUAAUUGUUACUGUAUUUUGUUAUAAAUUGUACAUGUUGUACAUAUUCGUACUGUACGUAGCUUGGCUAGAUUGCUGUUAUUAUUUGGAAGCAUUUAUUGAGCACCUCAGUCUAGGUACUCGGCGUGGUUUGUACACGAUGUAUGUAAUGUAUGAUAAUAUAAUAUUUUCAUACACAAA